GAUUAUUUUCACUUGUCCGUUUCUUAAUUUAUUUCACUCAAGUCCAUGACAGGAGAGCUCGAUCAGCACCGAAAAGAUGGCAAACGGUGGAGAAGUCUGGAGUCCUGCAUGGCCGCACCUGCCCGAUGUCACCUGAGGAACUGGAAGGUGAUGCUGCUUGUGUUUGUAUGUCUUCUGGGUCUCGUUGAUGGACAUUUCCUUCAGGAGGAGAAAGAAGAAUCCCGUCCUAGCAAGCUGAGAGCCUCUUCAACCUCUGCAGAACAUCCAGGACCGCAGAAAGCUCUAGAUGAGUGGCAGAGCAGAGCACCAUGGGCACGACUGCAUGAUUCGUCCCUGGCCGAGGAAGGUGAGGGUCAUCGGAUCCGGUGGCAGCGUUCCUCUACAAACAGCUCCAGUUCACGGAAGUCCACUAGGAACCGAAAGGAGCGGCGCAACCGUAAGCGAGGCCGGAGCAGCCAGGACUGCCGUUUGGAGAGGAAAGAGAUGAAGGUGCGUGAUCUGGGCCUCGGCUACGACUCGGACGAGAUCGUGCUGUUUAAGUACUGCGUGGGGACGUGCAUGAGCGCCCGUAAAAACUACGACCUGGCCCUGAAGGUGCUGACGGAUAACGGCAGCGUUUCUGGCCGCAAGGUGAGCACUCACCCCUGCUGCAGACCCACGCGCUUCGAGACCGUCUCCUUCAUGGACGCCCAGACGAGCUGGCAGACAAUCAAAUGGCUUUCAGCGGCCAACUGCAGCUUCAGCAUUGAUAAUAAUUAG